AUGAGCUUGCCUGCCCGCAAGCGUUCGCUACCCGCGGAGAUACCCCAGGCGAGACAGAAGCAAGCGCGAACGAGCCAAACCUGCGGCCCUUGUCGAGCGCGGGUAUCAAGAUGCGACAAACAGCGCCCGUGCAGCUCAUGCAUUCUGGCGAAUACGCAGACUCAGUGUUAUCCCGAUGCAGCAUCGUAUCAGCCUCCGCCGUCACAUCUGGUCUCGAGGGCGCUGUCCAGACGAGAUUCGCAGACGCAUAGGAUUCUGGGAGCGCCUAUGGGAAGGAGAGGAAGCAGCGGUCAACAGCUAUACGAAGGUCCUACAGCAGUUCUGAUGACGCUCGCGUCGCUGCAUGAUGAGUCCCCGGAAGUUCCGCCCGCUGAGCUUGCUCCCGAGCGUAUCCGCAAGCCUUACCGUCCAGAUAAGGACCUAGAUGUGGUUAGUCAGCUACCACCUCGCGAUGUCUGCGAACGCGUAGUAGACUAUUACUUUGAGCACUGUACUUGGCUAUACAAGUACUUCGAUCGUCGGGCAUUCGCCGAGCGCCUGUCUCGGUGGCGUACGGAUGAAGAGACCGACUCCUUGACACUCGCCGGCAUUGCUAUCAUCUGCGCAAUCGUCGUCCACUGUCUGCCGCCCCAUCAUGAACUCGCAUCUACCCUAAAGGUAUUCCCGGAUUAUAAGCCGUUACCUCCCGGUGCGAACGAGAAGGAUAUUCAAUCCGCGCGCGAGAGAGCGCACGCCGAUAGCUCUGUGAACCGCGCCGGAGUCAUCAGUGCACAAUUCUACGACGCGUGUGAACUCGCAUUAGAGCGAGAGAAGGCGGGCAGCAAGGUGCAUGUGUGGACGAUGGACUUCUUGGAGGUUGUCCUCGGAAAAUGUCACUACCUGGGGCUCAGUCGAGUGGAUACCGAAGAGUUAUGGGCUUUGCGCGGCGAACUCGUCUCGAUGGCCACGGCGCUCGGUUUGCACCGUUAUCCUGGGAAGAAUGUCCCGCAUCUGGUCGCGGAGCGGCAUCGCUGGAUAUGGGGGAACAUCAUUUUCCUCGAGCGCUGGCAGGCGCUGAUGCAUGGACGCCCGCUGUCAAUUCUACCCGAACACUUCGACGUCGCACUUCCAUCCCCCGCGCCAAUCUCGCUCCCCCAGACAAGCCACGAGCUUGGUGCCCAUUUCUCCCUCGAUCUUUCGCAUGAUCUUUCGGCGGGCCCUUCCACUCAAGAGCAGGAUGGACGUCUUAUGGCCAGCCUCAGUCGGCAUGGCCGCACGGACAGCAUGCCGAACAUAUCGCGACUGGGCUUGCACUCGAUCGAGCCCUCUGCAGAGCCCUCCUUUGCACCUAGUGUCGGCGGCCCAUCGUUGGAAGGUUGGGUUCCCGCCGCGGACCCUUCUGGCUCAAUCGAUGCUUCUACGACGGCCAACGUCCCCGCUAGCAACCCAUUCGCUCUAAGUCUCGACCCCAAUUCCUUACUGCUCGAUCCAGCUCAAGAGGCUCAGAUGUUCGGGUCAUUACCUGCCCUCCCGGGUAUCUCCGAGGACGUCGCCGAAGCAGGUUCGCACCCUACAUGGGAUUUCGGCGAAGGUGACUUGUCGUCAUGGUACGCCAUAUUGAAUCAAUCACCAUCGGCUUCCGGCAACGGGCAGGAGGAGGACUACGGGAAGAUUUUGCGUGCACUGCCGGGACCCGAGGAGUGCGGAACGCGCACGUAUGAGGCUCAUAUCGCCCACUUUCAAUUGGUGCAUAUUCUUGGGCGCAUCACGGAAGCCCUGCUGAGCCUACGUCCGGUCGCGUAUACCCGUAUACAAGCACGCGACGAUGAGCUGCAGCAUUUCAUGGAUACGCUCGCGCCAUCGCUCAAGCUCCCAGCAGAAGAUAUCGUACAGCUGCUCAUCAGUCAGCAUACUGGCCUACGUCGGCAAGGCGUGCAAGCUCUCGUAGUGCAGAUGGCUGCGCUACACAUUCGGUUCAUGCUACAUCGACCGUACGCUUGUGGUGAAGUCGAAGACUGGCCUACGCCUCCACCGCAAGACUCGUCCACGGCGAAAGGACAGCAAAGUGAGGUUGAUGCUUAUUUGGAGACGCAGAGGCAGAAGGAAUACCGGCGAAAGGUUCGAGUACACGCCGACGAACAUGCGACGUCGCUCGCACAGGCCAUUCAGGCAGCGCAAGGGCUCAUCGAGUUGGCGGUUGUUACAGUACCCAAAAUGACCCACGCUAAUGCAUGCGCUGAGCACGCCCAUCUGAACUGGGCCCCAGUGCAGGUCACAGCCGCAGCCCUGUUCCUCAUCAACGUCGUUGCCACUUCACCCAUCCCACAAGCCGAGAACGAACGCAAAAUAAACCCCACUAUCCCGCAACCGAUCUCAGCGUCAUCCUCCAUAUCCUCGAACUCCGACCUUUCGUAUCCGUCUCUCAAUGCCUUCACACUUCUUCACAUCAUUCGCCGCGCACUCCGAUUCUUGCAGGAGAUUGCAUACAUGUCUACCGCACACAACUCUGCCAGUCUACUUCAGCACCUCGAGCCGCUCUUCACUGAGAGCUUCAUACGGUCGUCGACGAAGGAGAGGGCAAAGAUCAAGAGGGAGACGCUGAUGAAUGUCGAGCGGCUCAAUAUGCCCUAUCGCGAUGGUGGCACAGUUGGGAUCGUGGGCGGAGUGUCGCCGCCCGGACCACCUCAGAUGGUCGGGUCGGGCAUACAUUCACAGGUGCAAGGGACGAACGCCAGCGCGAGCAUUCUAAAGGAUACGCGCCGGUCCAGUGACGCCGGUGUCUCGAGUGCCAAGUCGACUGAUGACAGAACCAUCGGAGCGCGGCCAACGCCACCGGCCCGUAGGAGUUCUCUGCACGACCCGCCCCCGCGUAUCUCCACAGCGAAUGCGAUGCGCGCACGAGUGCACUUCGCACCAGAGCCUCCACGCACUGGAACGAUAUACGUCAUGUCUCCUAGCACUACGUCGCGAGGACCUAAAGUGGAAGGCGAGACUACCAGUUCACCGAUGACGGCUUCGACCACAUCGAUACCUGAACACGUUUCACUGGCGCAGCCCGCCAACUCCCAAUCCGUUCCUCAGUCCUCAGUCCAUAGCCCAUCUCAAGCUCAAGCGCAGGAUAUUCUUCGUGAGCAGGAGCUCUCAACGGUGCCAGCAACACUCUCAUCACCGUCCACUAUGGCCGUAUCUGCGCCAGCGGUGAAGUCAUUUGUCCCUGGCAUAACGCCGUACCCAACCCUCAAUGCUCCUCCCGCUAUAAGCGCGGCGCCGCUCCCUGGACCUCCUCAGCCCUCAUCCGCGUAUCCGACAUCAGCCCCGCCAUCAUCAUCGUCGCAGCCCCCGCAUAUCUAUGCUCAGAAUACAUCUGCGAUGCCCAGACACCCUCCACUCCCGUUCCAGUCUCAGCAGUCUCAAGCGCUCCCACCUCCAUAUCACCGAUACCCGAUACCUCCGUCUUCCACGACGCCGUUCACGCAGCCCCAUCAACAGUCUCCGCCGGUCGGCUUACCUCCGACAUCCAGCGCGUUCUCCAACCUAUCGCAAUCUCUUCAACAGCGAGAUCCCAGCUCUUCUGUUCAAUACGCGCCGAACCUGAUGGGACCGCCAUCAGCUGGGGGACAUGUGCCUCCCCCGGCUGCUCCUCUGAGUGGUUAUGCGAUAUUCAGCGGGUAUCCGAACUCUCAAGCGCCGCCUCAGUAUCAUCAGCCUCCCGUGGCUUCAAGUGCGGCGGAACACCCACAAGGCGGAAGAUUAGGAUACCCUCCGGGUUUCAACAUGAAUAACGUCUACGGCGCUUCCGGCCCGAUGAAGAACGCUUCCACGGCGCACUCGCCCUCGACUUCGAACGCGCCAUCUUCUCUCAAUGCACCCGCACCUGCACCGCCCUCUCAGGUAGCUCCGCCUCCACCACAAGCAGACGCGAAUUCGCAGGAUUAUGGAAGUGCCAUGUGGAUUCCCCAUCCGCCGCCCAUGAUCAACAUGGCGCCCAAUCCCGCACCUCCCAAUUCCGGCGGAGACGCGUCCGGGUCUAGCUUUUGGACGAACAUGAUCGGGCAGCGUGUCGGUUCCUAUGCACAACCUAAUGGACCUGCUUCCCAACCAGGCUACGGCCCGCAGAACCAACAGCAGUGGCCACCAACGUAUGCGCAGCCUUGGGCACAGGCUCAAGGGACGCCCGUGCCGCCGCCAGGGCAGCAGGCUGUGGCGAGCUACCAAGGAGGUUAUGCUCAGUCGGGGUACCCCCCAGGGCAGAUGAUGUAUGGUCAGCCUGGCGUGCAUAUGUUCGGUCCACAAGGAGCACCAUAUGGUGGAACAGGCCCUCCGAGCGCACCAGGUAUCCAACCCACGUACGGGCAGCCUCCAACGCAAACACCUUCUCCAUAUACUCAACCGGUCUCGUACGGUCAGCCAGGCGCGUACUAUGGGCAGCCGCCGGGUGCGUAUGGACAGGCGCUGCAAUACCAAGGAGGCGUGGCGUAUCAGGGAAGCAUGGGUAGUAAUCCGCCGAACCAGAGUUCUUCAACCAACAUCAUGCCAAGUGCCGCAAACGAUGGGCCAGUGCCAACGUUCGAUGGACAACACCAUGCGCCAUUAGCUCAGCAGCAGCAGCAUCACUAUGAUUCUGGAGGACAACAGUGA